UGCGUAGGUUAGGACAUUCGCACUUAACAGGACAAAUCUAGCUUGAGUUUGCACUAAAUGCUUUGUAGGCAUCGCUGUUGUCCAAAAAAUGAAUUAAAUAAAAAAUACCACGUCAACAAUAAAUAAUAACAGCGCCCUCUGGGGUCCGGAGAGGAUGGUAGCUGAACGCAAAGAUGGUUUCAGUCUUCAGUCCACCACUUCACAGACAGAGACAUCAGUUUGUCAUAGAUUUUGUCAAGAGGAACAAACCCAAAAAGGUAGUGGACUUGGGCUGCAGUGAGUGCGGCCUUCUUCAAAAACUAAAGUUUCACCGUGAAAUUGAACUGCUGGUUGGAGUGGACAUCAAUGGUGCCAAUAUAAAAAAAAAGAUGCAUGGAUUAGCCCCUAUGUCAACUGACUAUCUGCAGCCAAGUUUUGAUCAGCUGCGCAUUGAACUGUACCAAGGCUCAGUCACACAAGAAGACGCCCGCCUCAGAGGAUUUGAUCUGGUGACCAGUAUAGAGCUCAUAGAGCACCUCACUCUGGCUGACGUGGAGCGCUUCUCUAAGGUGGUGUUUGGUUACAUGAUCCCAGUGGCGGUUAUCGUCAGUACUCCAAACUUUGAGUUCAACCACCUUUUCCAUCAACCGGCAGGUUUCAGGCACAGUGAUCACAAGUUUGAGUGGACCAGAGCAGAGUUCAAAUCCUGGGCUCUGAAGGUGUGUUUGGAGUACGGUUAUGAGGUGGAGUUCACUGGUGUUGGACAGGCACCACCCGGCCAGCAGGACAGAGUUGGCUUCUGCUCCCAGAUUGGUGUGUUCCGCCGGCUCGAAGGGAGACAGGAUGGCAACAUGUUGUCUGGUGAUGAUGCUGAGGAUUUGUUUUCAUACACACUGCUCUAUAGUAUAAACUACCCCAGCCUGCAUAACAACAACAUCUUGCAGAGGGUCCUGGUGAGUGAGGUGUUGUACUGGGCAGAAAAGAUGAAGAGAAACUGGAUUGAGGAGAAGACUGGUGAGAGGGAUGACACUUUGGCAUUGUGUUGUGCUGAGUGGGAAGGAGAGGAAUGCCUCAGAGCGUCCAAACAACACAUGGAGAUGGAAGACAAACCGACAGCAGCAUGUGGAGCAGAGAUGAAAAAUCCGGAGGAGCAUCAUGAAUCAGAGCUGUUUUGGACAAAUGGUGAUGGACAACAGGAGUCUCGCAAAUUGCACAGGUGUGUGUCUGUUCCUCUGGCUGUGCUUUGGUCCUGCUGCCCCAAACUCAGUGACCUAAGUGGAAGUCUCAGUAAUCUUAGACAUAUCCUGAUGAAUGACCCCGAAGUUAAACUGAGCCAGGAUGGCUCUGCUGUGCUCCUAAAUGACCAGGAACAAGACCUUGACGAGGAAGAAGAGGCUCGUGAUUUGGAGGACAGCGGGUAUGCAGUAUGCUCCGUCAGUGCUGAGACAGAGGAAGACUGGGAGAAAAAUGUUUGAUCUGGAAAGUUUGUUGUAGGGACAAUAGCUGACUUGUUGAGUUUUCCUUGGUUACUACAGGACAGUGCAGUUGUAGUAACCGUUCCCAGCUGCACUGUAGACACUGGCUUUUGGAUUUAACAGAUGGUUUAUUUUGACUGCAUCUUCGUGUUAUAGGCAAAAAUAAAGCUCUAAGUGUUAUAAAAGAUUA